UGCCUGUUCAGCUGCUCCGCUCACAGCAAUGGUCUCCCCGGCCAUUGCGCUGGCCUUCAUUCCUUUCGUGUUCACCCUCAUCCUCCGCUACCGCCACUACUUUGUCCUCUUCUACCGAGCAGUGCUGGUUCGGCGGCUGCAGGACUAUCUUACGGGAAUCCCCAAGGAGGAGAGGGCAUUCCAGUACGUCCUGACCCACGCCAUCCCUGGAGACCCCCUCCACAUCUUGGAGACCUUUGAUCAGUGGAGUUACCACUGCGAGUACCUCAGUAAUCUGGGACCCCAGAAAGCCAAGAUCCUGGAGCGGCUGAUCUACGAGAAGGCCCCCCUCUCCGUCUUAGAGCUGGGUACCUACUGUGGUUAUGCCACCAUCCUCAUUGCCCAGUCCCUUCCGCUGGGCGCUCGCCUGUACACGGUGGAGAUGGACUCGCGCAAAGCAACGGUGGCCGAGAAGGUGAUCCGCCUCGCUGGCUUCGACGAUGACACGGUGGAACUAAUUGUGGGGUCCUCUGAGGAAGUCAUCCCCCACCUCAAGGAGAAGCAUGGGCUGCUCCAAGCGGACUUUGUCUUCAUGGACCACUGGAAGCGCUGCUACCUGCGGGACCUGCAGCUUCUGGAAGCCCACGACCUGCUGCCCAAGGGGGCCACGAUCCUGGCUGACAACGUCAUCUUCCCCGGGGCUCCUCAAUUCCUCCAAUACAUCAAGGCCUGCGGGAAGUACCAGUGGAAGCUGCACCGCACCAGCCUGCAGUACUUCCGGGCCAUUCGAGACGGCAUGGCCCAGCUCACCUACACGGGUCUCAAGUGA